AUGGCGGAUCUCCAACAAUAUCAGGGAAAUGUUGGAAUGUUUGAAACUAGUGACCCCAAACAAACCUUCAGAGAUUUCAUGCCACAAAUAGCUAACUUCUUUCUCAAAGAUGAGAACAAGGUGUUUCUUGUAGACCAGGAAGGACGAGUAAUUCACAAAGAUUUUACGAUAUGGGACACACUGACACCUCUGAUUCAUUCUAAAAUCUCAGGGACUAUUCCUAAGCUGGAUCUCAUCCCAGUUGGAGGAUGGAGAGAAGGAGACAAAAUGACUGAAAAGGAAAGAAAAUAGACAAGCUUAUCUCUUAGAGCAGGACGAAAGAAAUGCCAGAGAAGCUAAAAGAAUAAGAAAAGAGCUCAAGCAUGAGAAGCUCAAAAGGCAGAGAGAAGAAAUGCUUAAAAGACAGAGAAGUAAAAUGAAGAGUCUAUUCAAAUAGCAUUGUUAAAUUAAUUCUUCCCUUUAUCAUUGUGGUGAAUGCCAUAAACUUGAAUUCAUACCUCUACACUCAGCUCAAAUUCACUGGAUUCACUAAUAUCAACAAUGUGAAUAAAGAAAACCCCAUUUCUAACCAAGAUACAGUGGAGGAAACGAUAUUUGCAGAGUUUCUGAUUUGGCUCAAUCCCACAGGUUUGGAUUUUACCUAUGGAAGAUUUGAGAGACUGGUUCCAUUUCAACUUUACCAAGUAAGAGCAAAGUCAAACAGCUGAAUUUUCGGACCCAAUGAGAUGAAGUCUAAGUUUCCCUGGGCUGAAGAUAAAUGAUCAGACAUAUUCCAAAAUUCUAAUUCUGAAACAGCCUAUGGUACAAAAGAAAAUGGGUACAUAUUCUCUAAGAAGAAGGGAAGAACUAACAAUGCUAUUGUUGACAACUACGCCCAAAGCGGCUUUGUGUAUGAGUAUUCGGCAGAAUUUACUGAUGAGGGAAAUAAAACUAUUAUCCAGAUGAUUGCAGAAAUGAGAGCAAACAACUGGAUUGAUCUGCAGACAAAGGCAAUUAUAGAUAAAUAAGGUUUACCUCCACAAGAACACAGGAUCUUACCAAGUCGUCUUUAUUACAUGGGAGAUUGUGCUUGAUCAUGUAAUAAGAUCACUCAAUUCAUUCAUCAUUACACCAAUGUUUGCUUCAACUAUAGAAGUGACAACUUGCAUUCUAAGUCUUCUAGCAACAAUAGCAAUACUGAUAGUUUCAUUGCUUGACCUCUACAAUCCAUACAUAUUCAGAGAACGCAUGGAAAAACUAAGAUUCAAAUUAGAAGAAGCAAUAAACAGAGAAAUUAUAUUGAAGCAAGAAAAAAGAGAGAGAAAUUCAUCUAUACAUUCUGAAGAAGACAUUUACUUCAACGAAAUAAAGGAGGAUCCUUCAAAGUUUGUUAAACGAGAAGUUGAGAAAAGAAUAAGCAGAUGGAAGAGGCUCAUAUACCACUUCAGACUCCCUAAUAUAUUCGAAGGCAUCACUCUUCUAUUCCUAAUCUCAUACUGGCUGAACUUCAUUCUGAAGAUAAUUUUCCACAUUUUGUUCACAAACCUCGAGCCCACAGAGGGAGAAUACAUAGACUUUUUGACACUGGAGAUAUUCCAGUACUGUAUAUUCUCCUUUGACUACCUGAAUGCUGCCAGUCUUUCAGCAGUGCUGAUCUGAUACACUACUUUUUGGCUGGAGCCUUUGAGACUUGUGGUGCAGUAUCUCUCCAAGUUCAUUUACAAAUACCUUGUGCCCAUCACCACUCUACUACUCUGCACAUCCCUAAUCUCAGCUUUCUUCCUCAUGAGUAUCUUCGGUCUCUACCUCUUUGGCUUCGAGGACUAUGUCCACUCCUUACUAGUCGCAAUCCUGCUCUUUACUCGUGGAACUAUUAACCAUAAUUACCAACACAGAAACCUGACUGAGAACGACAUAUACUUGCUCCACAGAGUUCCCCACACGUUGCUGUUCGUGACUGUGAUCCCUUUCGGGUACAUUAUUAGGUACUUCAUGGUCAAUCUUUCAGUGGCGAGCCUGAUGACGGAGAUACAUAAGGCAAGAGAGGAUAUGAAGAAAGAGAAACAGAAGAAGAUGGAAGAAGAGGCCAAGCAAAGGGAAGAGGAAGAGGAAGAAUAAGAGAAAGAGGAGUAUCGAGGAGAAUUUAGG